AUGAGCGCGCAGUCUUCGCGCCCUCGGUUUGCAGAUACUGUCCAGGUGCGGCAUGGCGUGAGCUGUAAGUGAGUGUAUAGCUCUGCUGCUCGAUGCUGCUUGCAAGCCAUGCAUGUACUGUAUGCAGAAUAAGAGCUAAUGGACAGGGCGCGCGUGUCUUAGCCUGUAGGCUGAGGUUUGGCUUGUUCCAAACAAAGGGCGCGUGCCAAGGGGCCAUACAUCAGGGGCAGCUCGUCUCAGAGGGAAGGAGAGAGGCUUCGUCCGUCGUUUAAGCAGCAGACGAAUCCGCUCUCUCUGCGCUCCCUCACACGCGCUGCUGACACCCGCAAUUCAGAGUUGCUGCGCCCCCUUCCCCUGACUUUCGAACGCCGCACCAACGGCCGGGGCACCUGGGCAGUAGUGCAAGGCAGAAUCAAAGAUCACGAUCGGAUUAUCAAGGCCGUUGGCAGGUAAGCUGCCCGUGAUGCGGAAACAAAUCAAAUCCCUCUGGGCCUAUUCUGCUGCUGCUCGGGUGCUGCAGCUUGGGGCUGCUACAGCGAGCGGAGCUCCAGUCUGGUGAAGCCAACUGCAUGGUUGGCCUGCCAGGCCCUCGUGCCCGUAUCCUCACCAAUCGCCAUCGAUCCUCUCUGCCGGAAGACUUUCUGUGUCGUGCUUACAGCAACGCCAUCCAUUCUUGCUUCCACCACGGUUCCAUUACUCCCAUUCCACUGCGCACUCUUGUUGACGAUCAUCGUUUUCUUCGCUGUUGACAGCAGAUUACGAAAACGACAUCUUGCCUAUCGAUCUCAGCAGCAUACGUCUUGACAGUCUGCUUGCAUUCACGUCAAACAAAUCAUCGUAUCGAUCUCAGUCAGUCUUUUCCCCACACAGAUACCUUACCCAUGUGAGUGCUCGGUUGACAUACUUUGGACGGGCAGCAGAGACGCGUGCAAAGACCCGAGCUUACAAUCGCGAUAUCUGGCUUGCUUCACAUAGUAAUCCUCACCAUGGUCCGCACCUCGCUUUUCGUCGCUGCAGCAGCUGCCAUGGCUCUCCCCAUGGCGGUUGCCGAUCUGCGCCCAGAGCGUCGUCAAGCUGAGAGCAGCAGCUCGCGUCGCCACCGUAGUUCGGCAACUGCAACCGCUUCCGCUGGAAGCGGCAGCGGAGCUGUCAGCAGCCCCCCCGCUUUCACCGGCUCUCUCCCUGCUAGUAUUUCAAGUAUCGUCGCCACUCUGACGCCGGGCACUCGCUCGCCAGAGCCCACCUACCCGCUGCCGACCACCUUCCAGGCGGGUGCCACCAACACCUACAUCUCGGGCGCACCUCCCCUCCCCUCUGGUGAGUAGGCUCGGUGGCUAAACGCAGUAUUGAAGCGCGGUUCUGACCACACUUCUUCAUCUUCCACAUCGAUAGCCCCAACGAUCGCCAACUACCCGCCUCUCGAUGAACCUCCUCUUCGUAGCUUCCAAGGCUCCGAGCAGCUCCUGGCUGGUAUCGACCUCUCUGGCGUUAAGGAUGUCCCUCUCAACCAGGGAUCUGCUGGCUGCGGCGAGGCAGGAAACGAGGCCAAUCUGGCUAACGCCGGGGCAAGCGGCAACUGCUGGUGGACUUGCGGAGGCUGCACGCGUGACACAGACAUUGUCCAGUGCCCAGACAAGAACACUUGGGGUCUUUCUUACGAUGACGGACCUUCGCCCUACACUCCUCUUCUGUUGGACUACCUCGAGAAGAACAACUUGAAGACUACCUUCUUCGUGGUCGGUUCUCGUGCCCUUUCUCGCCCUGACAUGCUUGCUUACGAGUACAUGACUGGCCACCAACUCUCCGUCCACACCUGGAGUCACACUUCUCUGACCACUCAAACCAACGAGGCCAUUGCACUCGAGCUCCUCUGGACCAAAAAGAUCAUUCACGACAUUACCGGUGUAACUCCCAACACCAUGCGUCCUCCUUACGGUGACAUCGACGACCGUGUCCGUGGCGUCUCCAAGGCCGUGGGCUUGACCCCCAUCAUCUGGACCUCGGCCAACGGUGGAAACUACGACACCAACGAUUGGAAGAUUGGCAGUGGUGUCGUCUCUGCUGGUGAAGUCGUCUCCGUCUUUGAUGGCAUCAUUGCCAACGCUUCCACCCUCGACCACGGGUACAUUGUGCUCGCUCAUGACCUGUACGAGCAGAGUGUCAAGCUCGCCACCGAGAUCGUCUUGCCUCAAGCAUUGAGCCAAAGUCCCAAGCAGAACAUUGUUCCCAUCAUCACCUGCUUGAAGAAGCCUUUGGGAGAUUCUUACGUGGAGACCAAUCGCAACACUUCCGACUCGGCCCCUGCAACCAACGGCAACAACGAGAACACCUCUUCCGGAAGCGGUAGUGGUAGCGGAGCUGGACUGAACAUGGAGCUUUCCAAGGCGCACUUGACCAUUGUAGGCGCUGUCCUCUUCGGUGCAGCUACCCUACUCUGA